UUUCUGACGAGAAGAGAGAAAAAAAAAUAGGGGACUUAAAAAAUCGUUUGCUUCGUCUCAUUUCUCUUCCUCUUUGAUCCUUCUUUCUCUGAUAGCAAGAGCGGAGAGCGAAGGAAGGGAAAACAAAAGAUUCAGAAAUGGGGUUGACGUUCACGAAGCUCUUCAGCAGGCUUUUCGCCAAGAAAGAAAUGAGGAUUUUGAUGGUGGGUCUUGAUGCGGCCGGUAAGACCACCAUCUUGUACAAGUUAAAGCUUGGAGAAAUUGUCACCACCAUCCCCACCAUCGGAUUUAACGUGGAGACUGUGGAAUAUAAGAAUAUCAGCUUCACUGUUUGGGAUGUUGGGGGUCAGGACAAGAUCCGCCCACUUUGGAGGCACUACUUCCAGAACACUCAGGGCCUUAUUUUUGUGGUUGAUAGCAAUGAUAGGGAUCGUAUUGUUGAGGCAAGAGAUGAAUUGCACAGGAUGUUGAACGAGGAUGAACUUAGAGAUGCUGUUUUGCUCGUCUUUGCCAACAAACAAGAUCUUCCAAAUGCAAUGAAUGCUGCAGAAAUAACUGACAAGCUUGGUCUUCAUUCUCUCCGUCAACGCCACUGGUACAUCCAGAGCACAUGUGCAACCUCCGGAGAAGGUCUGUACGAGGGGUUGGAGUGGCUUUCGAAUAACAUUGCUAGCAAGGCAUGAGGGUGUUCGAGGAUUUUCGUGUUUUGUGGGUGACAACUUCAGGAAGGAUAGUUUUCUUAAUUAAGUGAAAUAUUGUAAUAGCAGACUGUUUGGCUAGAACUUUUGAGUUUGAUAUGUAAUUCGGGUUUGCAAAGUCGCCACCUUAGCUAUACCUUUUACUUUUUAAUUGUAAUCAGAGCUGCUAUGAUUUUUAUAAUCGAAUUUAGUAUGGCCCGUGUUCAAGUUAUAUCUUC